ACAGAUUUAGAUAGACAGUACUGUGUAGUAAAUUCAUGUUUUAGAUAAAAAAAAAUGGCAUAUUCCAGGAUAGACUUCAGUGCUUCAUUUACACAGGACUCUGAUGAAGUUCAGGAAAUGUUCUGUGAACAUUGUGAUAAACAUGACAAGCAAUAUGUUCCUGCUGAAGGAUUUUGUGAGGAAUGUUUAGAGUACUUGUGUGCAAUAUGUCUGAAAUUCCAUAAACGAUUAUUAGUUUCUCAUACUAUAAAGGAUAAGGCUAACAUGCCACAGGAUUUCAGUCGAGAGAAAUGUACUGUUCAUCAAGAUGAAUUGAUCAAGUUCUAUUGUCAAGCUUGUAAGAAAUUUGCCUGCACUGAAUGCAAGACUCAAGACCAUGGGAACUGUAGUAUGAUCAAUCAUUUGCCAACUCUUGUUCCUGGGAUUGAAAAAAGCCAAGAAAUCAAAGAACUCACUGAAAAUCUUGAUGAGUUAAUGAAAGAUUUGGAAAAUACAGAAAAACAAGUGAACAUACACAUGAAAUAUGUCGCUUCACAAGAAACAAAAAAUUUAGAGACAGUAAUGAAAAAAAAGAAAGAAAUAUUAUCAGUGUUUGAAAAACAUCAGAAUAAAGUAAUUCAAGCCAUUGACAAAAAGAUAGAAGAAACCUUAAAAAGACUUAAACAAGAAAAAAAAGAGAAGAUUGAAAAAUUACAAGAAAAUCAAAAUAGAUUAGAAAAGUUAUUAGAUGAUAAGGAGAAUGAAAUAAAGAAGAAAAUUGAAAUAAUAAAUAAGGAUGACAAAAGAAUUUUGCAGGCAGUCACAGAGGAAGCCUCUAAAAUGAAAACAAGACUUAAAGCCAUAUCAACAGAGCUGGUUCAUCACCAAAAUACAGAUCAAAGAUGUCAACUGUUUGUUGUUAUGAAGAAAGGUGAAGGAGUUGUGGAACAACUGAAACCAGAUGCAGGAAAACUAUGUAAAAACAAUUCAAUUCAUUAUUACAAAGUUGAAUGCAAAGCAUUUGAACAUAAAAUUACCAAUUUACAAGACUGUGACAAAUUUUUCACUUUUCAAGAAAUACACGAGUCUUUAGUACCAAGAACUGCAAGUUAUUACACAGAUAUUAAAUUCACAUGUGACUCCUUGUCAUCUUUAUGCUUAUUAUCUGAAAACUGUCUUCUGGUUACUUAUUUUAGUUGUAGUAAGCUGUUUAUAUUCAAGGAUUUGUUAGUCAGCACUUCAUCAUAUGAUAUAAUAGACCUGCCUUCAUACCCAUGGGCUGUUGCUAAAGUUGACAAUAACAAAGUUGCUAUCACAUUUCCUGAUCUUGGAAUAGUAAGACUGAUAACAUUCUCUAAGUGUAUUAGAGUAACCAACACUGAAUAUAUAAAAGUAGAACAAGGUUGUCGUGGUGUUGCCUAUAGUAACAACAAACUUAUAGUAUCUUACACUUUUCCAGCUGCAGUGAAGAUACUUAAUAUGUCUGGUAAAGUAUUGAAAACAUUUGAUAAAGAUCAGCAUGGGACAUGUCUGUUUGUUGAGCCGCGUAACUUAACAAUCAGUGCAGACAACACAGUUAUAUAUGUAUCUGACUUUAAGAAGAACUGUGUGAUAGGUUUCACAUUUGAUGGGAAAGUCAAGGCCAUUUACAAGGAUGACAAGCUGAAUUGGCCUUAUCAAGUGACAGUAGAUAUGUCUGGGGCAGUGUUUGUAUGUGGACUUUUUACACACAAUAUACAUCAAUUAUCAUCUGACCUGACCAAGGUGAAGAUUCUACUGGAUGUAAAACAAGAAAUAUAUAGACCAACAGGUGUGGCAUACUGCCAGGAUACAAACAGAUUGUAUUUGAGUCAUUGUGCUGAUAACAUUAAAGUGUAUGAUUUAUCUUUGGGAUAAAGCACUGGAAUAAAAUUAUUUUUCUCUGAAUGACCUGCAGAAAAUACCAAAGUUAAAACUAUUUCAAUAUAAAAUCUUACUCAAUAUCUUUGCAGAUAUGCAGCUUGUAAAUGAUCAAACUAGCUCAGACUUUGUGUUAUUAUUUCAACAAAUAUUUACGCUAAGUUUUGAAUAUAAACAUAAUAUUAAUAUAUCUAUAAAGAAUUAUAAAGAUGAUUUGUUAGGG